AAUUGAUUAGUCGUAAAACGAACACGUUUGUAAUAUUUUGUUCUAGGACGCGUCCUACAAAUAUCGAUUUGACGUUAUAGUGUUCAUUUAAAAGUGUGCAUGCCAAUAUGGAUUAUUCAUAGCCUCGGUGAUCAUUAUUUGUUACACAGUAAUUUGGAUACUCUGUCCCUUGAAUAAUAACGGUCAUUAUUUAUUUUCACGUUAACACCAUAAUAUGGCUCAUAGCAUCUUUACGGCCCGGGUCGUGGCACGUAUAGCCAUGUCAUUUGGGCCAAGUCUUAGCUAUAUAAUAUUAGUUCGUCUUGCUAUAGUAUUUUUCCGACCCGACAUAGAAGAUAUCGAUAAUCGACUACUGGAUUGCCAGUUGAAAAAUAUAAUGGACCAAUAUGAUUUUAUUGUUGUGGGCGCAGGUUCAGCAGGAGCAGUGAUGGCUAAUCGACUUUCAGAAAAUCCUAAUUGGACGGUUCUAUUAAUUGAAGCAGGGAUUGAUGAGCCGGCUAUAUCAGAUAUACCUUUUUUAUAUCCAUCACUUCAACGUACUCCCAUUGAUUGGCAGUAUAAAACUGAACCGUCUAGUACAUCAUGUUUAGGUUUAAAAGAAAACCGAUCAAAUUGGCCACGCGGUAAAGUAAUUGGUGGAAGUAGUGUAUUAAAUGCCAUGUUUUAUGUCAGAGGCAAUAAGAGAGACUAUGAUGCUUGGCAUAAUGCCAAUAAUAAAGGUUGGAGCUAUGAUGAAGUUUUACCUUAUUUUAAAAAAUCUCAAGAUAUGAGAAUACCUCAAUUAAAGAACUCAGAAUAUCACGGAAUAGGUGGAUAUUUGAGUGUAGAGCAUUAUCGUUCAUACUCACCAAUCGUUAAUAACUUCAUCGAAGCCGCUAAAGAGAUGGGAUACGAUGAAGUUGACAUAAAUGGUGCUCGACAAACGGGUUUCACUAGAUCACAAGGAACUUUAAGAGAUGGGCUGAGAUGUAGCACUGGUAAAGCAUUUUUAAGACCGAUUAAAGAUCGACCAAACCUCCAUGUAAGUAUUCUGACACAUGCAUUAAAAGUAGUUGUUGAAGAUGGAAAAGCUAUUGGUGUGCUGAUUUCAAAGUUAGGCAGUGCUCCAACUCUAGUCAAAGCACAUAAAGAAGUAAUUCUAUCAGCUGGAGCAAUUAAUUCUCCUCAAUUAUUGAUGUUGUCGGGUAUAGGACCAGCUGAUAAACUCAGAAAAGUUGGUAUUAAACUGGUAAAACACUUGCCUGGUGUCGGAAAAAAUCUUCAAGAUCACAUUGCUACUGGUGGGGUCACUUAUUUAUUUGACUCACCUGAUUGUUCGGCCCCUCUAGGAAUGGGCAUUGUUUUGCCGAGAGUAUUAACUUUAAAUACGUUCGUUAAAUUUUUUCGAGAUUCUUCUGGGCCAUUAUACAGAAUUCCUCUUGGUGAAGCCAUGGGUUUUGUUAAUACAAAAUACAACGAAGAUCCGGAGUGGCCAGACAUCCAACUGUUUUUAGCAACUGCGGGUGACAAUACUGAUGGUGGAUUGUUAAACAAACCCGAUGUUGGCAUGACAGAUGAAUAUUAUGAACAAGUUUUUGAACCAAUUUUAUAUAAAGAUGCAUAUACUGCUGGACCAUUAUUACUGCGACCAUAUAGCCGGGGUUACAUUGAAUUGACCAGCAAAAAUCCUUACCACCCACCUAAAAUUGUGCCAAACUAUUUGAGUGAUCCUAGAGAUAUUCAAGUUAUGGUAGAAGGCUUGAAAAUAGGUUAUGAAAUGAGCAAAACAGCUGCCAUGCAACGACUUAACACUACAUUACAUGAUAUACCUACGCCGGGUUGUGAAGAGUUCAAAUUUCUUUCAGAUCAAUAUUGGGAAUGCCAAGCGAGACAUUAUACAAUGACUAUAUAUCAUCCUGUAGGCACUUGCAAAAUGGGACCAGAUGAAGAUGAAUAUGCUGUAGUCAAUAACAGGCUAAAAGUGAGAGGUAUCAAAAGCCUUAGAGUGGUAGAUGCUUCAAUAAUGCCAACUAUUGUUAAUGGUAAUACUAAUGCCCCAACUAUAAUGAUCGCCGAAAAAGCUGCAGAUAUGAUAAAAGAAGACUGGUCCGGAUACACAUUAACAUUUACAUCAAGAAAAUCUAAGAAAACUUAUAGAAAGUGGUGGUAACCUACUUUAUUCUGACAUUUUAUCAAUGUCUGUGUGUAAAUAAGGACAUUUAUUUUUUUCCCGCCUAGCAUUUAAAAAAAUGUUAUUUAUUUAUAACUCCUUAUAAUACUGUAGAUUAUUGGUUAAAAACCUAUAAAUUGACCAAUAACUAACAUUAGGCGUGUACCAUAUUAAGUUAUUUGGAUAGUAUUAUUAACCUAUUAGAAAAUUAAUUUAUAAAAAAUAAAAUGUUUUUUAUUGUAGUGUAGUUUGAAAUUGUUAAAUGACUAUUAAAAUAAGAAAAAUAAUUAAA